GUGUGUGUGUGUGUGUGGAGAGGAGGUGGAGGGGGGUGAAAUACAAUAAAACCCUCAGGUACAUCUGCUUUGCAAUCUGCAAAUCCUCCUCCUCCUCCUCCUCCUCCUCCCCCCCUCCAUCAGCCUCUCCAUCCUCCCACACCCACUCCCAAAAUCCACGGGGGACCUCGGCUCCUUCUGAUUGGUCGCGGAUGAGGCAACAAGGGGGGACGGGAACAAUGUCAUCAUGUCGCCUUAAAAAGAGUGCAGCUAUGUUUGUGGUGAAAGCACCUCCGGAGGAGCACAGAGGAGGAGUAACAACAAGAGGAGCCGCUCCGUCACAUGUUUGAUUCCUGCUCCGGUCCAAAGUGCCUUCAGCUCUCCGUCCAUCAGCGCGAACAUGCCGAGAGGAUUUCUGGUGAAAAGGAACAAGAAGGCCAACCCGGUGUCGUACCGGGUCCGCUCCGAGGAGGAGGAAGCGGAACACGCCGCCUCUGAUGCGCCUCCGUCCUCUGCGCCUCCAGCCUCCGUCCCGGUGCGCGCACAGACGCCGACGCCCACCUGCGGGGCGGCGGCCACGGCUCCGGAGCACGAUGCCAAGCCGGUGCAGUUCGGAAACCCAGAGGCGGUGUACCAGGCGCUGUACAGCCCCACCCGCCCCGUCAGCCACGACCACGACCGCUCCUACUUCGAGAGGCGCUUCAACCUCGGCUCCCCGGUGUCCGCGGAGUCCUUCCCCACCCCGGCGGCUCUCACCGCGCUGGAUCACCUCUUCGCUCCGGUGGAUUUGAAAAUCGGCUCCAGCAACAGCAGCCGCACCGACACCAGCGCCGCAGCCGCCGCUGCAUCCGCGUCCACCGCGACGCUCCCCACCGCCACCGGGACCAAGCGUCCGUCCAGCGACCCCGAGCGCAAGAGCAAGCCCCCGUCCAAGAAAACCAAAGCUAUCCGGAAACUGCACUUUGAGGACGAUGUCACCACGUCUCCGGUUCUCGGGCUCAAGAUUAAAGAGGCUCCCGUGGACCAGAAGCCUCCCAGACCGCAACCGAGCGGAGGGGACAGCGGCAACCCGCUGGGCGAGUUCGUGUGCCAGCUGUGCCGGGAGGCGUACGCGGACCCGUUCGCUCUGGCCCAGCACAAGUGCUCCAGGAUAGUCCGGGUCGAGUACAGGUGUCCCGAGUGUGACAAGGUGUUCAGCUGCCCGGCGAACCUCGCCUCACACCGGCGGUGGCACAAACCGAAGCCGCAGAGCGCAGCGCAGAACCCGGAGAGCGACAAGACCGGGAAGCCCGCCCCGGAGGAGGCGAAGGAUACAAGUGACAGGGACACACCCAGCCCGGGGCCGUCCGAGUCCGGCUCAGAGGAAGGCCUGUACGACUGCGUUCACUGUGGGAAAAAGUUUAAGCGCCAGGCGUACCUGCGGAAACACCUGGCGUCCCAGCACGGAUCCCCGAAGCCGGCGCCGGAGGAGGAGGAGGACGCGCCGGCGUGCGAGCAGAGCGCAGCGCCGCUCAACCUGAGCGCCUCCACCUCCUCCACCUCCUCCACCUCCUCCUGCCACCUGUGCCCCGUGUGCGGGGAGAACUUCUCCAACAGGGGCAGCCAGGAGAGGCACAUCCGCCUGCUGCACUCCUCACAGGUGUACCCGUGCAAGUACUGCCCCGCCAUCUUUUACAGCUCGCCGGGACUCACCAGACACAUCAACAAAUGCCACCCGUCCGAGAACCGGCAGGUGAUCCUGCUGCAGAUGCCGCUGCGCCCCGCCUGCUGAUCCGGUGCCGGGCUGCGGAGAGACUGAGGCCGGACACGCUGCGCCUGCAGGAACAUCAAGAAAAGUGAAAUCAUAAAUCAUAAAUCUGUCAGAUCUUUGCUGAUUUCAAAAACAUGAGGAGCUCGUGCCUCUGGUGUUUCUGCAGAGGUCAGAGGUCAGCAGGGAUUCGGUGCCUUGCUCGAGGACACUUCAGCAGGUUCUGGGUGUGUGUGUAUGUUUGAACCUAUAACCCGCCUCCACCUUUGAGGAUCUCUCACCUUUUUGUUUCUUAGACUGUCCGUUUAUUUUUCUAGCAUCUCUGCACAAGUGCUAUUAGCUUCUAGACCUAAGAGGGGGGCCCUGCUGGGACCUGCAGCCCAGAGGACGCAGCCGUGUUGGGCCUGAUUAGCUUUAACAUAGCUCGUGGAUCCGUGGAUCAGACUAGUGUAGCCGGUAAUGCCUUCGGUUAGAACCUCCUGCUGUAAAACUGCCUUAAACUGACCUGAUUGUUUUUAUUUAUCAUGAUUAUUGUUUCCCACAAAGCCGUCUGUAUUACCACGAUACAGUAUAUCUUUGUUUUCUAUUUAUUUACCUAUUUAUUAAAUUAUUUGUGUAAAUUAUUGCUCCGCGUGCUCUCCGUGAUCUGUGUUUCCUUUAUUAACUUAUAUGUGUGCGGACGGUGUGUGUGUGUGUGUGUGUGUGUGUGUGUGUGUGUGUGUGUUCACGUGACAUCAUAGCAAUCAUUGACUCUGUUUGUUUGAAUAUUACCUGAAUGCAAUCAUCAUGUUUGGUUUUGUUUUUAGCUCUUACACUGCUCU